GAAGGAAACCGAGGCCUGGACAUCGAGCUCUUCUGACAUAGAAAUACACCGGGAACACCCAUUGAGCAAGAGAGGAGGGGGAGAGAGCGCUGGAGACACUGGAAGCUUGCUUUGCCCUUUUCUGCUCCCGGAGUUUCAAGGCGAAUACAGUUGGACUCAAAGUAGAAUAGAAGACGGAACUUGGCGGUCUCCAUAAUAAUUGGUGGACUUAACACAAUGGAGCCUGCCUUUGGGGAGGUGAACCAGCUUGGCGGUGUAUUUGUGAAUGGCAGACCGCUUCCCAACGCCAUCCGGCUCAGGAUUGUAGAACUCGCCCAGCUGGGCAUAAGACCAUGCGACAUCAGCAGACAACUGCGGGUAUCUCACGGCUGCGUCAGCAAGAUUUUGGCCCGGUACAACGAGACUGGCUCUAUUCUCCCGGGGGCAAUUGGAGGCAGCAAGCCGCGGGUCACUACACCCACCGUGGUCAAACACAUACGGACUUACAAGCAAAGGGACCCUGGUAUUUUCGCGUGGGAAAUCAGAGACAGACUUCUCGCGGACGGGGUGUGUGAUAAAUUCAACCUUCCUUCAGUAAGCUCUAUCAGUCGGAUCCUUCGCAACAAGAUCGGGAAUCUGUCGCAACAGGGCCAGUAUGAGAAACAGACGCCGCACGGGCCGCCACAGCCUUCGCUUCCGUACAACCACAUCUACUCGUACCCGACUCCCAUAUCGGCUGCCGGGGCCAAAGUACCAACUGCCCCUGGCAUGCCCACCCUUCCUGGACAUAUGGCAAUGCACAGGAUAUGGCCGUCUUCGCACUCAGUCACCGACAUUCUGGGCAUUCGAUCUAUAACAGAGCAACAAAUUAGUGACAGUUCGCCAUUUCCCAGUGCCAAACUGGAAGAAUGGGGCGCUGUAAACAGGAGUAAUUUUCCUCCAGCGAGCUCAGCUCUAGUCAAUGGCGUGGAUAAACCGCACUUAGAACCAGAGGCAAAAUACACACAGACGCCGAAUGGAUUGCCCACAGUGAACAGCUAUGUCACAGCUCCCAGCAUCCCUCCCUACCACCCUCCCACCCCAGUGUCGCCCUACAUGGGGUACAGCGCCACCACGUCGGCCUAUGUGACCGGCCCCACAUGGCAGCCGGCCAGUGGCAGUGCCCUCUCUCCCCACAGCUGUGACAUCGCCGCCCCGCUGGCCUUCAAAGGCAUGGCAGGGCCGCGCCAGGCAAUCCACCCCGUCUCCGCCUCUGUGCUCUGAUGGAACCUGCCGGGCAGGGCCAGGCAACACCGGAUUAAACCAAAGACAAUGAAGGGGGGGGGGGGAUUCUCACCCGCAACGGCCCUGUGCACCAUUGCCUCUGCUCUAUUUAUACGGACCAAAAUAAAGGCACCGUUUUGUUUCUGUAUUUGCCUUUUCUUCUGUUACAUAGUAAGAGGAUGUGUUGUAAGCACUCGCCCUUGAGAAUGUCUUGGAGGACAGAGACUGUUUGAAUGGGAAAUGCCUCUCCAUCCAGCUUGAUGGACAUCAUUGUGCCUUUUCAGCAGUCACCCUGAGCCUGGUGCACCCUGGGACUGAGAUCACUGGUGUCACAUUCUCCCUGUCACAUGACACGGGUGGCAGGAAAUUCAGCGAAAAAUGCAACCUCUCUUAAUUGUGUGCACUUCUCUGCAAGUUUUGCAAAAAAAAAGAAAAAGAAAAAAAAAGGACUAAAUAAAUAAAGAGACAUUUAAAAUAUGAUGGUCAGGUCAGCUUGCCUUUACGUGCUACAGGAAUUAUUGAUGUUAUUGAUAUUUUGAUUUUUUUGUUUGUUGGUUUUGUUUUUUAAACUUCUUGUUGGACAUUUUUUAAACCUUUAAAUGUAUGCCAGAACUUCUGAGAGAAGUUAUCCUCAUUUUUUAUUUAUUGGACUGCAUGGUACGUUAAACAAAGUGCAAUUAUAACCCUUUUCUACAUCACGGGAAUCAUGCACACGUAACCACCAGCGUUUUUAUGUGGCGUUUAAUCAAUGUAUUUAACAGUAAAGCUGCACAUUCCCAAA